UGAUAAACUUAUUAAAUAGGUUCUAAUGAUCUUGCUUUUCUUUCUCUUCGCAGAUUUAAAUUCUGUUAAGGCGGAAGAAAGCUACUCCGAAGAACUGGAGCUCAAUUGGUUGCCUAAUGGAGACUACCAAAUUGCUUUUAACUUUGAUUUCAGUUUUGAGAAGCUUGUGAAUGAACCUAAAAUUAGAAAUAUACACAACCAUUUUGACCGAUUUCCUAAAGUCGUUCAUGAUUUCAUGGAGGAGCACUUUGUGAACGAAUUUCAUCUCUCAUUGACUCAAGGUAUAUGGCGCUACAAACAGUUUGGUUACCCAAAAACAGGCGCGAACCCUACCGGAGCAGAGUUGUGGAUUUGGUUUGGUCAAGGGCACGCCGACAACCAAUGGGAUCUGGCGGUUAACUCACUUGCCGGGUUCUUCUGUGCAUCAUUGAACUUCAUGAGUGGAGCCUUCAGCGGGACUCCGACCCGUGUAUUGCGACCUUACUCUCAGCACCACGAAAGACUGAAUUCGUCAACUAUGAAAUAUUCAAACCUUCCUUCGGAAAAUAUUUGCACGGAAAAUUUGACACCUUGGAAGAAGCUUUUACCUUGUGAAGUAUCAUCGGGGUUUGUUCAGCUCCUAAAUGCGAAUCAACUGUUUAAUUCAAAAUACAUGUCAAUCGAUGUAAAUGCGUAUAAAACAUGUGUAUCCGAGACGGAUUGCUCGUCUAUUGAGAACAAAAUGACUAUGACAGUCAAUGUUGUAUUCGACGGUUUUCGGAUUCGAGACUAUUCAAGAACCCUUUCCUUGCUUACUUUGUUCCACAAGCCGAUGGGCAAAGUAUGUCCAUUAGCUGAUAGAACUUCAAUAUCAGCUCAAAGCUAUAAAAAAGAUUGUUCUAUCGUGAUUUCAACUAAAGGAGAUUUAGUGAAAUCUGAAACACUUGCGCUGACUCAAGAAGACAGAUAUAGUGAUGUGAAUUUUGACAGAAAGUGCCACGAAGGCGAAAUUUCUCAGAGCAAUGACGAAAAGAUUACAAAAGCGCCUAUCUUAGUCCACAAGUACCUUUCAUCGGGAAUAGAUGGCGAGGAGAGAAUAGUUUGCCAAGUGUCAAAUGAACUGCAAGAGGAAGUGACAGUGGGCUAUCUGGACCUGGUGCCCUGGCACUUCAGACUACUGGUUCACACUCUGGAAGUGACCAACUCUGAGAACAGCAGAAUCGAACCUUCUUUCCUCCAUUAUGUUCCAUCACAAGAUCGUGAGAGACCUUCAACAUUACAACUAGAGUUUAAAAUGGCCCCUGGCGAAACUGUUGAAAUUGCUGUGAAAAUCAGAAAAGUUCUCCUUAAAUGGACUGAACAUCCGCCGGACCCACAUCAUGGCCAUUUCUGUGGCCCUUCUAUGGUCUAUUUGGACAUACAUAACCAGACGUACAAAAUAUACUCGGAGCCGCUUAUUAUACAAUUGAUGGUUCCAGACUUUAGUAUGCCUUACAAUGUGCUCUGUUUGAGUAGUACUAUUAUGACCAUAGGAUAUAGUGCUGCUCAGACUUUAGCCACUAAAAGAUACACUUUUGUAUCGAAGAAAACUGGAAAAGGAAAAUUGUCGCUUAAAAUAACAGCCUUGAAAGAAAAAGUGCUAUCAUUGUUUAAGAGAAAAUCCAAGGAAGAAAAAACUGAAUGAGUGAUAAACAAAUAUUUCGCAUCAAAACUAAAACUGAAUUGUUGAAGCAGUUUGUUGACUUGAAAUUCGUCUGAAAAAUUUUGUUGAGCUGACAAAAAUUCACAUGACUUGAUAGAAUAUUUAAAUUUGGAUCAAUUGAAGCCAAUAUGUGCAAUUUAUCCUCAAAUAAGUAUAUAUUUCAGUUUGUUUAAUAUAAUUCUAGAAAAACUCGAUGUAACGUGAAAUCUCGAUUUGUUGAACGAACGAUUUUGCCGUUUCCAAUUUGACUUGAUUUUAGA